AUGGCUGCCUCGAAAGAUGCAAAGUCGAAUGCUUCAAAGAUGCACCGUCGUUCGCGCACAGGUUGUUACACUUGUCGUCUGCGACGAAAGAAGUGCGAUGAGGGAAAGCCUGGUUGCAAAGCAUGCAGCCAUCUGGGUGUCUCAUGUGUCUACAAGCGCCCAAUGUGGUGGAGUAACACAACUAAACGAGCAGAGCAGAAAGAAAUGGUCAAAGAAAGGAUCAAGUUGACGCAGAAUGCCAAAAAGACCAAAGAUGCAAGCACACCACCUCCAAGCCUAUGCAAGACCGAAACCUUCUCCGACUCGAAACCUUCGUCGCGGACACCAUCUGUCUGCACGCCGUACGCUCCCGAGAUCAGCUUCAAGCAAGUCUCACCCGAAGGUUACUUUUCUCUGCCCCCACCAGAGAUACUCAUGUCUCAUCCGCCGUAUCCUAUACUUUCGCCCUACGAAGUCGAUAUCAAGACUGAGCGCCAGAUUUUCAUCAAUGACGUUCCGACACGACGAGACUCGACCAUCUCAACCUUUAGCACUUUUCAGCCACCGCCAAUGGGAUCAAGUUGUCACGGCUUUGCUCCCGAGAGCUGGGUCCAACAAGACUACUACGAGAUGCAGCAAGAAUCCUUCUCCGAAGAGCCCGUCAACUUUGACUUUUUCGACUUAGCACACGAGAAACCUGCACCAAACCAUGAGACUGUCAUCGAGGUAGACGAAGUCGACAAACCUUUACUCAACCAUUUCAUUCAAAAAGUUUCGAAGCUCAUUUUCCCGAUUCUCGACGCCAAUCAGCACAGUUCAACACGCUCGGAUAUCAUCUUGCCUGCGCUCGAGACUAACAAGAGCUAUCUCCACUGUUGCUUGAGCGUGGCCGGCUUGCACAAGAAGUCUACCGAAAAUCUCCCCUCGGAAGAGAUCGACGAGCACAUUCUACGACACCGCUACGCAGCGAUAUCCGAAUUGUGUGCCGCAUUAAACGAAGACGAAAACCAUGCUCAAAUUCUUGAAGCUACCCUCGGCAUGAUCUUCUUCCAAUGUUCCGUCGGCAGAGCAACAGACACGAUACCUGAUAUUCCAUGGCACCAACACUUCCAAGCUGCCGCUGAUCUUGUUGAUCGACUUGAGCUUCCCACAACAGUUCUAGGUGCCAUGCAAUGUGGCGAUGUCUCGCGACCUCCCUUCAACAUGGCCCUCACGGCAUGGAUCGACAUCCUCGGAGCAACAAUGCUGGGUCGCUACCCAAGAUUCGCAGACACAUACCGCGACCUCAACAUCGGCAAAGGCAGCGCCGGACUCUCCGAGCUCAUGGGCUGCGAAGACAACAUCAUGUUCCUCAUCUCGGAAAUCGCAUGUCUGGAAGCCCACAAGCUCGAAGGCAUGGACGACCUCGUGCUGUGCGACUACGUCAAACUCCUCGGCCACGGCAUCGGCUACUGCGAGCCAGGACCCGGUGCAGUCAAAAGCGCCUUCUCGGGCACUGGAGCCAUCAAGCCCAAGCAACUCGGCAUCAACGUGACCGCUGCAUUCAUGUAUGCCGCUCGCAUCUAUCUCUGCUCUCUAGUCCCUGGUUUCCGCCUCGACGACCACAACGUCACCAGCUUGGUCGGCGCGUUCUGCAAUGUCAUGGAGUUCAUCCCGGCAGGCCCGGAUGGACACGAUCGCUCCUUGGUGUGGCCAUUACUUGUAGCCGGCUCUGUAUCACUCUCCACCUCGCCCUUCCGCACCAUGUUUGACGAACGCUGCACAAGGUUGGGCGAAGCGGCGGAGUUCGGCUCGUUUGGACGUAUACGCGAGCUUUUCAAGGAUGUGUGGAUGUUGGUUGACGGUGAAGCAGCCAUGGGAAGCUACCAGAGCGUCUCCUGGCGAGACGUGAUGAGACAAAAAGGAUGGGAUUUCCUGUUGAUCUGA